GGAGGCGGGGAGGGGGCCGGGGUCAAGGGUCACGGGGAGGCCGAAGUCCGCUUUCCAGGAAGGCCGGAGGAAGAGGAGGGAAAGUCAGAGAGUCAGCCCGUGGGGAGCAGUGCCAAGGCCGGACCCUGCCACUGGCACCAUGGUGCCCUGGGGCGAGCCGGAGCGGCUGGUGUGGCGGCCCGAGGCGGUGCCCGCCGCCCUGCCUGCCGAGCCCGCCGGGCUGGAGGUGAAGCUGGGAGCCCUGGUGCUGCUGCUCGUCGUCACCCUGGUCUGCAGCCUGGUGCCCAUCUGCGUGCUGCGGCGAGCCGGUGCCCACCUGGAGGCCUCGGCUUCCCGCCGCCAGGCCCUGAGCCUGGUGAGCUGCUUCGCCGGGGGCGUCUUCCUGGCCACCUGCCUGCUGGACCUGCUGCCCGACUACCUGGCCGGCAUAGACGAGGCACUGAGCGCCCUGCGGGUCACGCUGCAGUUCCCCCUGCAAGAGUUCAUCCUGGCCAUGGGCUUCUUCCUGGUGCUGGUGAUGGAGCAGAUCGUGCUGGCCUACAAGGAGCAGGGCCCGGGCCCUCCGCGCGAGGAGGCCCGGGCCCUGCUCGGGGGGCCGGCCCCGCCGGUGGCGGCGGCGGCGGCGGCGGCCCCGUCGGCCCUGCGGUCCGGCGUGCUGGUCUUCGCCCUGUCGCUGCACUCGGUGUUCGAGGGCCUGGCCGUGGGGCUGCAGCGGGAGCGGGCGCGGGCGCUGGAGCUGGGCCUGGCCCUGCUGCUGCACAAGGGGGUCCUGGCGGUCAGCCUGGCCCUCCGCCUCCUGCAGAGCCGCCUGCGGGCCCGCGCCGUGGCCGCCUGCGGCCUCCUCUUCGCCUGCAUGACCCCGCUGGGCAUCGGGCUGGGCGCCGCGCUGGCCGCCUCGGCCGGGCCCCUGCCCCGGCUGGCGCAGGCGGUGCUGGAGGGCAUGGCGGCCGGCACCUUCCUCUACAUCACCUUCCUGGAGAUCCUGCCCCAGGAGCUGGCCGCCCCCGAGCAGCGGGUCCUCAAGGUCAUCCUGCUGCUGGCCGGCUUCGCCCUGCUCACCGGCCUGCUCUUCGUCCGCGCCUGACCCGCCGGGGCCCGGGCCCGCGGGGGCGGCCGGGCGGGACGCCGGCGGGGUGUCUUGGGGGGCCGCACCCGCCCCUCGCCCCCUGCGGAUUCCGGCGGGGACCCCGGAGAUCCCGUCGGAGGGCGCGGGCGUCGUCGGGAAAGGCGGGCGACGCCGUCCUCCGGACACGUGGAGCCCCCCGCGACGUCUCCGGUGGGCCCGGGGCGGGGGGACCGAGGCGGGGGUCGGACCCCCGACGCCUCUCCCCAUCUCCGUCUCCCGCCGUAGCGGAGACGCCCCUCAAAAAGUGCCAAUCGCGGGGAGGACGGUGUCCCGUCGCCCACCUCCGAGGAAGGCCGGGAGAGGGGACUCGAGGGGCCGAGGCGUGUGCCGCCCACCCCCGUGCCCCCCGUCCUCCCCCCCAUGCCCGCACUACCCACGGGCCCGGGACCCCCCGCCGCCCAAAUGUUUUGUACCGGUUUUUAAGGGAGUUGGGUUCGAGUUCCGCAGAGUCUAUUUUUCUCAACUGACAGUAUUGGGGAUCGCCCCCUCCCCCAAUAAAGUAUCUUGUUAUAAACCCCG